ACUGGAGCCAGACUAUGAAACAGUCCCUCACCAUAAUCGAGGAAACGUUUGUAUAUUUUUGAGGAGAUGGAUACUCUGGGUUAAUUACAAACAAUUAUAAAAUCUGGGACAAAAAGUCUGAAACCUCAAGUGUUAAUCUGUCCAAGAGCAUAGGUAAUAAAUAUGAAACUGUUCAGACACGCUACGACCCGCCUUGCGUAACCACAUUAAUUACUGUACUUACUAACUGCCCUGCACAGCGCCUAUUGUUCUAGUCAACAUCCUACUGGGUGCAUAAUUUCAUCACUAGUACCCGGGUGAGUUUGCACAACGCGGGUAGUGUUUCCAGCGGGCCACACCUCUCCUGCAGCUCUGGAUUGGUCCGGAUAGCUUCACUCCUCCACACAGUUCCGCGUUGCAGCGCAUUUAGGUCCUGCACAGCGUUUCCUCCAACUUCGCUCUAAGGCUGUUGGAGACAAACUACCGCCAUGUCCGAGCGAGGAGCUUUUGAUACCAACGUGGUCACCAUGACCCGGUUCGUUAUCGAGGAGGGCAGGAAGGCGAAGGGUACAGGAGAGCUGACGACGCUGCUGAACUCGCUGUGCACGGCGGUGAAGGCCAUCUCCAGCGCUGUGCGCAAAGCUGGGAUCGCCCACCUUUACGGCAUUGCUGGAAACACCAAUGUGACAGGUGACCAGGUGAAGAAGCUGGACAUCCUGUCCAACGAUCUGGUCAUCAACAUGAUCAAGUCAUCCUUUACCUCCUGUGUGCUGGUGUCUGAAGAGAAUGAGAAAGCCAUCAUUGUAGAGCCUGAAAAAAGGGGUAAAUACAUUGUGUGCUUUGAUCCUUUGGAUGGCUCCUCCAACAUCGACUGUCUUGUCUCCAUCGGUAGCAUCUUUGGCAUCUACAGAAAGGCCACAGACGGCGAGCCAUGUGAGAAGGACGCCCUGCAGCCCGGCAGGAACCUUGUGGCGGCUGGCUACGCCCUCUACGGCAGCGCCUCCAUGAUAGUGCUCUCCACGGGCCAGGGAGUCAACUGUUUCAUGCUUGACCCAGCAAUUGGUGAAUUUAUCCUGGUUAACAGGAAUGUGAAGAUCAAGAAGAGAGGCAAACUCUACAGCUUGAACGAAGGGUACUCGAAAUACUUUGACCCCGCAGUGACCGAAUACCUGCAGAACAAGAAGUUCCCUCAGGACGGCAGCGAGCCCUACAGCACCCGCUACAUUGGCUCUAUGGUGGCAGACGUCCACCGAACGCUGAUGUACGGAGGCAUCUUUUUAUACCCAGGAAAUGUCAAGAGUCCCAAGGGAAAGCUGCGGUUGCUGUAUGAAUGCAACCCCAUGGCCUUCAUCAUGGAGCAGGCAGGCGGCAUGGCAUCCACCGGCUUCGAGAACAUCCUGGACAUCCAGCCCGAGAGCAUCCAUCAGCGGGUCCCUGUGGCUAUGGGCUCCCUCGAGGAUGUGCAGGAGUACAUCGCCCUCUGCCAUAAACACGCCAAGAAGUGAAGCCAUGCCCACUCACUUGCACAAUCCAGUGGCCUAACGUGGCGGCUUGGUGGAAGUGUGUUUGUUUUUUUUUGUUUUUAUAAAUGUCUUGAAAGGCCAAAGAUGUCAGGGAAUUUUCUCAAAGUAGGACUUGAAAUAUGACCAAAUUUGGAAUUACACGGUUUUUGUGCCAUACAAAUAUUCUAUUUUCAUAAAUUGACUGGAAACAUAAGUUCACACAAACAUUCCACAAACCAAAGACCAACAAUUAGUCAAAACAGAGACAAGUGUACUUGAAUAAACAAAACUAAAGAGUGCUACUCCUCAGUUUGCCUCCAUUUGUGCCUUUAAUUAGAAUGAACAUCCAUUCUAGAUGAGUGAAGGACCGAAUACAGCUGUGCAACAAAGCCUGAUGCCUUUGAUCAUGUGAAUCAUGAAGUUUCUUAAUAAAUCCUAAUGAGUCCAAGAAGACUAAA